CCUUUCUGUUUCUUUGCUUGGCAUUACCCGAUGAUUAAUUUUGAAAAGUUACUCAAACAAUUACAAUUCAACUUGGUCAACAUCAGUUCUCACAAAUAGAAGCUGACUGUCAUUUAUUCACUCAGUUCCUGUUGGCUGAGUGUUGGCUCUAGGGCUGGCACCAGGCACUGGAAUUAAACAUUCUGGACUCCAGAGGGGCAUGAAAACUCUUCCUGAAGGAGAUGCAGAGGAAGAUUCGAACUGGAGGAAAACCCUAAAAUAAACAAUAACAACAAAAGUUCAAAACCUGAAAAGUGAACCAUGAAGCUCAGUAAAAAGGACCGAGGAGAAGACGAAGAAAUUGAUUCAGCGAAAAAGAAAUUGGACUGGUCCUGCUCGCUCCUCGUGGCCUCCCUCGCGGGCGCCUUCGGCUCCUCCUUCCUCUACGGCUACAACCUGUCGGUGGUGAAUGCCCCCACCCCGUACAUCAAGGCCUUUUACAAUGAGUCAUGGGAAAGAAGGCAUGGACGUCCAAUAGACCCAGACACUCUGACUCUGCUCUGGUCUGUGACUGUGUCCAUAUUCGCCAUCGGUGGACUUGUGGGGACGUUAAUUGUGAAGAUGAUUGGAAAGGUUCUUGGGAGGAAGCACACUUUGCUGGCCAAUAAUGGGUUUGCAAUUUCUGCUGCAUUGCUGAUGGCCUGCUCGCUCCAGGCAGGAGCCUUUGAAAUGCUCAUCGUGGGACGCUUCAUCAUGGGCAUAGAUGGAGGCGUCGCCCUCAGUGUGCUCCCCAUGUACCUAAGUGAGAUCUCACCCAAGGAGAUCCGUGGCUCUCUGGGGCAGGUGACUGCCAUCUUUAUCUGCCUUGGCGUGUUCACUGGGCAGCUUCUGGGCCUGCCCGAGCUGCUGGGAAAGGAGAGUACCUGGCCAUACCUGUUUGGAGUGAUUGUGGUCCCUGCCGUUGUCCAGCUGCUGAGCCUUCCCUUUCUCCCGGACAGCCCACGCUACCUGCUCUUGGAGAAGCACAACGAGGCAAGAGCUGUGAAAGCCUUCCAGACGUUCUUGGGUAAAGCAGACGUUUCCCAAGAGGUAGAGGAGGUCCUGGCUGAGAGCCGCGUGCAGAGGAGCAUCCGCCUGGUGUCCGUGCUGGAGCUGCUGAGAGCUCCCUACGUCCGCUGGCAGGUGGUCACCGUGAUUGUCACCAUGGCCUGCUACCAGCUCUGUGGCCUCAAUGCAAUUUGGUUCUAUACCAACAGCAUCUUUGGAAAAGCUGGGAUCCCUCCGGCAAAGAUCCCAUACGUCACCUUGAGUACAGGGGGCAUCGAGACUUUGGCUGCCGUCUUCUCUGGUUUGGUCAUUGAGCACCUGGGACGGAGACCCCUCCUCAUUGGUGGCUUUGGGCUCAUGGCCCUCUUCUUUGGGACCCUCACCAUCACGCUGACCCUGCAGGACCGCGCCCCCUGGGUCCCCUACCUGAGUAUCGUGGGCAUUCUGGCCAUCAUCGCCUCUUUCUGCAGUGGGCCAGGUGGCAUCCCAUUCAUCUUGACUGGUGAGUUCUUCCAGCAAUCUCAGCGGCCGGCUGCCUUCAUCAUUGCAGGCACCGUCAACUGGCUCUCCAACUUUGCUGUUGGGAUCCUCUUCCCAUUCAUUCAGAAAAGUCUGGACACCUACUGUUUCCUAGUCUUUGCUACAAUUUGUAUCACAGGCGCUAUCUACCUAUAUUUUGUGCUGCCUGAGACCAAAAACAGAACCUAUGCAGAAAUCAGCCAGGCAUUUUCCAAAAGGAGCAAAGCAUACCCACCAGAAGAGAAAAUCGACUCGGCUGUCACUGAUGCAGCUCAAAGGAACUAAGACAAAGAUCAUGGAGACCAUCGGGUGAGUCUCAAGACUUCCCCCAGCUCUGCUUGGCUGGUCUCCUGCUGGUAUUUUCUGUCUGUAGAGAGGAACAAGAACUUCAAUUUUAUCUUGCUUACCUGCACUUAUGAAAUGUCAAACUGAGUCAUGUUGAGAGCCAGGGAACAUAGGAGUCAGUUCUUCUGCAGCAGCACUCAGCCAGUUGAAGGCAAUGUGGAGUGAUGGAAGGAGAGCAGUGAUGCAGUGAUGCUGGCACCAACUCCUUUACUAUGGCAUCCAUUGUACCAGCUGCCAUACACCAGGCAACUUCUACACUUUAUCUCUAAUCAUCCUAGAAUAAGUAUUAGUUUCCCCAUCUUCUAGAAAGGAAAACUCAGACCCAGAGACACUAAGCAAGUAGCUCAACAUCACACACGUUAUCUGUGAUUAAGCCUGAGUUAGAAAUGGAGCCUUGGAUUUCCACAUUUAUGCUCUUUUCAUGAAGCUACCUGACUUUGAUACUCAAGUUUGUCCAUCUACAACACGGGACUGCUGGACUAGAAAUCUCUAAGUCCCCUUUACCUCUGGAUUCUGUGUCUCUAAGGAUGAGAAUAACCAAACUCCUUUGCCUCUAGCACUUUCCAGCUGAAGGCCCUAUCACGCUCAUUACAUCUAAUCACUGCAGCCAGAAGCAUUAAAUAAAAUGGAUGGAUUGACAUUGGGGGUGGGCGAGGCGGGGAGGUUGGGGGUGUGGAGAAACAACUCUCUUUACAUAAUGAUUGCUACUAUGAUUUGGUUAUAAGUAACCCAUGAAGACAAUCAGGCUUCUCUGGCAGUCCCUAAUUGUAGUGAAUGUUGGAAUACAGUGACCACACAAAUGCUCCAGACUGAUUGCGAAGGUGCCACUUCUAAAUCAGCUGGGCAAGUGCAUUGCAUAAGCUGAGUAUUUAGCUUAAUGAUUGGAGCCAGUUGAUGAAACACAAGAAUAUGGAAGCCUCCUACUACUUCUCAGAAGAUAAGACAAUGGCAUUCCAUCACCAGUGUUUACUGUGGUACCCAAAGGGAGCUCCAGUUACUUUCCUCUGUGCCUAUAACCCUUGGAUCACCUGGUUGCACCAGACCCAUCCUGACUAAAAUCCCUCCAAAGGACCAAAGAGGGGAUAGGGACAAAAAUAAAAAAUAAAUCUCAUCUGUUCUCUUUCCUAAGGACCCAGCAGCCUCUAUCCAUCCAUCGUUCAUUCACUCAUUCCACACACUUUCAUCUAGCCCCUGCUGAAUGCCAAGCACUGGGCUGGAACUCUGGGGACUGUGGAGGUGGAAUAGGAGAAUAUGGGCUUUCUGUGAGCAGUAUUUGCCUAAAAUAUAUACAUCAAGGUUGUAGGAUCAUGUGCACCACUGCACUCUAGCCUGGGCGCAGAGUGAGACCCUGUUUCAAAAAAAUAAAAAAAUUGUAGGAUCAUGGAGAAAGUGUCUUAAGUGUUUGGUGCUGUGGACAGGCAACACAGGCAGAAACUGGUGGCUAGGGAAUCAGAGAAGUUUUCAGGAGGGAGCAUUUGACUUGGGCUUAGACUGAGCAUCGUAGGGCAAUAUAGAAACAAGUUUAUGGAUAAUUCACUGAAUUGGUGGCAGUUGAUAACUUGAAUCUUCCUUCAGAUGAUUGAAGUUAGUAGCCCAGCUAUGAAAGUCUAGGUUACAGAUGUCUCAGCCAGAGCUUGCGUAUGUGUGGAUGAGGCUCAUACAUAUGCAGACUUGGGCUCCUGCCAAGAUAUGAGAGUUUUGGUCAGUCUGCAUCUCAGUUCUAAUACCUCUGCCUAAAUACUUGAGUCCAGAGUGGUCAUGCAAAGAACAGAACCCUGGAACAAUCACACAAGGAUUUGGUACUAGGCUUAGCCAUUUUCUAGCCAUGGGGACAAAAGAAAAUUACUGAACCUCUCUGAGUCCCAGUUUAUUUGUCUGUAAAAUAAGGAUAGUGAUACUGGGGUUACGGGGAAAUUGUGAGAAUUAAAAUAGUUCAGGAGAGGUUAAGUUGUCCUGGGGCCACCUUUGUCCUUGCAGUGACCACAGUCUCUAGUGAAGGCACCCUUGAGAGCAGAGAGCAGAGCUGCUAUGUGAUUCAUCUCUAGAAUCCCUGGUUCUUGGAACACUUCCUGAGAGCUAUUAGGCACUCAAGAAAUGUUAAUGGUAGAUCACAGUAUAAUGGUAGAUCAUAGUAUUGUGGUAGAUCAUAGUAUUGUAUUAUUAUUCAGCAAACAUCUGUUUUCCCUCCUUUCCAUGGAAGUGGUGUACUUCCCCACCCCACUGACAUUGGGCUUAGCCAUGUGACUUGCUUCAGCUAAUGGAAUGUGAGUGACUCAGUGAAUGCCACAUCCAAGCAGAGGCGUUAAACAUUCCUGCAUGGCCUCUGGUGAUCCUGUCCUCCAGCAUGAGAUGAAUAUGCUUCAGAUAACUGCUACUACUUCCCUGGAUCCUCUCAUGACAGCCAAGUGAAGCAAAUAGGAAGCCAAUUCACCACCCAGAUCCAGGUCCAUCUGAAUCUAGCCAAGCCCAGAAGAGCCCUGUAGAACCACAGCUGACCUAUGGAAAUGAGAAGUAAAUGUUUGUUGCUGGCA